GGACAAUUCAACUCCACACAACAUCGCGGGCGAUCGCGAUGGCCGGGCUUGGACAUGCUGAACUGCGCGACGCGAUGGCUGGUCGCUUCGGUGACAUUGGCAUUCUCGAGGGCAUUGCGCAAAAGCUGUGUGCGCUACAAGAAACGUUCGCUGUCCGCGUGGAAAACCCCGUCCUUGUUGUGUUCACGUGCAACGAUGAUGCCACGAAGGACGAGCACACUGCAAGCCGUGUCGCUGCAUUGUCCGACGUGACUUACCACACUGUCCACGUGGCUCACGAAGACAGCUCUUUGGACACGGAACAAGUCCUGAAAGCCAUGCACCACGGACGUGAUGCCAUCAAGGUGAUUCUCGCCAACGGUGUCCACAAAUCCGUCAGUGUUGCCAGUCUGGACACCUCGCCCGAGUUUACGUCGCGCCUUUCAAAGGCCUUAGCGCUCCCACCAAACUCAGCCCCCGAUAGCCCCACCAACAGCGCGUACAGUCCCAUCCUCAAGCACGAGGAUCCGUUUGCAAUGCUGGUUGCGACAAGGAGCCCAAUUGUCGCUGCCAUCUGUGGCGCUAUUGCUGAAGCUGCGUCGCAAAAAGUGCCCGUGGUUCUGGACGGUCUUGCCGCCGUCGUAGCCGCUGUGAUUGCUACCUAUAUAGCUCCACAGGCAACUCGCCACGCCUUCUUUGCUGUACGCUCGAUCCACACGUCGAAUGAAGUACACCGAGCGGAUCCAUGCUUUGAAAGUCUCCUGCAAAAUCGGUCCAUCAUGACCCUUCCGCUUCCGCGACUUGGCCCUGGUGCUAGCGGCAUUCACGCUCUAUCCCUUCUCCACACUGCGGAGCGCUUGGUAUUGGCGUUGAAUGUCCAGUCUCCCACGGAAUACAAGGACAGGAACAACGACGCCAGCUCCGUUAUGGCCGCAACCACAUCUACCGCGCGGGCGGCGCACGUCGAUGGCUCUCUGCCGCCUCCCCCCGAACUCCGAAUCUUUCUCACAUCCGUCAUGUUUCUCACGAGGCUGCCGGCAUACAAGAUCAUUCCAGACCUAGACCACAACGUCCGUGAGCUCGUGCCGUCAUUUUGUUACUUUCCGUUCAUCGGUUGGGGCGUUGGCGCGUUUGCAGCGCUGUGGCUAGUCUUGGGCCAUGUCGUGUUUGGGUCGACCGCGAUCGCCGUGAUCCUGUCAACGUUUGCGUCCGUGUGGCUCACGGGGUGCUUCCACGAAGACGGAGUGGCCGACACGUUCGACUCGUUUGGGGGCGGCUGGUCCAAAGAUGACAUCCUUCGCAUCAUGAAAGACAGUCGUCUGGGCACGUAUGGAUGCAUGGGACUGCUUCUCAUGACAGCGCUCAAAUUCGCCGUUCUGGCCCACCUCGUCGCGACGGUCGGCCUCUCGUCCGUGUCAUGCGCCCUUGUCGCGGGCCACGUCCUCGGCCGGUACUCGUCGCUGUUCAUCCUCCAGUUUUACCCGUAUGUGGAAGACGAGCGCGACCCCAAGGGUCCCCUCUACAACGGAAUUGGCAACAACGUGCACUUGCUCACGCCAUGGCGAGUCUGGGUAGCAUCCAUCUUCACUGCAGUGUCCAUGGCCAUCCUUCUCGGCCCCGCGCUCGGCAUGUGUGUCUUCACAGUGGCCCUCCUCGUGUCGUUCGUGUCGGGGCAGUACUUUUCCGGGUUCCUCGGUGGAGUCAUUGGCGAUUGCCUCGGGUGCGCCAACCAAGUCGUCGAAAUCGUCGCGUACAUGACGAUCAGCGCCAUUCUCAACAGCGCCACCAGAACUCACGUGUGCACGGGAAGCACGUAGCCGCGCUGCAUCCUGUUGCCCGCAAACGAGGUCGACGUGUAGUGUGCUUUGAAUGCAAGUCGUCGCAUGUCCAAACGACGUGAUACACUCC